UCGUAUAGUUUACGGGUACAUGACCAGCAUGGAUACGGAAGUGAAGGCCGAACAGAUUAUCAGCGAGGCUCGAGAAAGGCAAGAAGCUGAUGAGAUCCGGCCGCCCAAGCAGAAGAUUGGUGAUUCUAUGGUUUCCGAGUACAGACUCCGACGUCGGAAGCAGUUCCAGGACUGGAUCGGCGGCGGAACAUGUACCAUACAUGUUUGGAUCAAGUAUGCGGAGUGGGAAGAUUCACAGAAUGAUUACGCACAUGCUCAGAGCGUGUGGGAACGAGCCUUGGGAAGCUUUGACCGGAAUUAUAUGAUUUGGUUCAAGUACGCCGAGUUUGAGAUGAAGAACAAGUCGUUCAAACACGCGAGAAACGUUUGGGACCGUGCCGUUGAGAUCCUCCCUCUCGUGGACCUGCUUUGGUACAAGUAUAUUCACAUGGAAGAGAUGCUUGGGAAUAUCGCCGAGGCUAGACAGGUAUACGAGCGGUGGAUGGUUUGGUCACCCGAUCAUCAAGCUUGGCUCUCGUUUAUUAAAUUCGAACUUAGCCAUAACGAAAUCGAACUUGCACGAUCAAUCUACGAGAGAUUUGUUCUUUGCCAUCCGAAAGUUCCCGCUUACAUUCUAUACGCUAAGUUCGAGAUGGAAGAAGGUGAAACCGAGCGUGCAAGGAAUGUGUACGAACGCGCCACCAAGAAGUUUGCAGACGAUGAAAAACUCUUUGUGGCUUAUGCUGAAUUCGAAGAAGGUUGCAAGGAAGUAGAACGAGCUAGGUCUCUCUACAAGUCUGCUCUGGAUCGUAUUCCCAUAGGAAGAACUGAGGAUUUGUACAAGAAGUAUGUUUCGUUUGAGAAACAAUAUGGGGAUAAGGAAGUGGUUGAGGACGCCAUCGUUGGCAAAAGAAGGUUUCAAUAUGAAGUUGAAGUAAGAAAGAACCCUUUGAACUAUGAUUCAUGGUUCGAUUACCUUAGGCUAGAAGAGAGUUUAGGGAACAAAGAUAGGAUCAGAGAAAUCUACGAUAGAGCUAUUGCUAAUGUUCCACCGGCGGAGGAGAAACGAUACUGGCAGAGAUAUAUCUAUCUAUGGAUUAAUUAUGCACUCUUUGAAGAGACUGAAACUGAAGAUGUGGAGCGUACACGACUUGUUUACAGAGAAUGCCUCAAGCUUAUCCCUCACACCAAAGUUUCUUUUGCUAAAAUAUGGUUGCUCGCUGCAAAGUUUGAGAUAAGGCAAUUGAAUCUCACUGGUGGUCGGCGGAUACUAGAUAAUGCGAUUGGAAAAGCUCCAAAAGACAAGAUAUUCAAGAAAUACAUUGAGAUGGAACUCCAUCUGGGAAACAUAAGCAGGUGCAGAAAACUAUAUCAACGGUAUCUUGAAUGGUCUCCAGAGAACUGCUAUACUUGGACCAACUUUGCUGAGUUAGAAAGGUCUCUUGCUGAAACAGAGCGAGCCAGAGCUAUAUUUGAACUUGCAAUAUCUCAGCCUGCUCUUGACAUGCCCGAGCUGCUAUGGAAGGCAUACAUUGAUUUUGAGAUAUCGCAAGGGGAAGUAGAGAGGACACGAGCUUUAUAUGAGCGACUCUUAGACCGUACAAAGCAUUACAAGGUCUGGGUUAGUUUUGCAAUGUUUGAAGCGGAACAACAAGAUGAUGUUACUGACUCCAUCAGACGUGCCAGAGCGGUUUUUGACAGAGCCACCACGUAUUACAAGGACUGCACACCGGAUCUGAAAGAAGAACGUGCGUCACUAUUGGAAGAUUGGCUGAGCAUGGAGACGAGCUUUGGUAAGCUAGGAGAUGUUGAUCUCGUUCAAACGAAGCUCAAGAAGAGAAAGGCGUUCACUAGAGAAGACGGUUCUACAGAGUAUGAAGAAUACUUGGAUUGUGUCUUCCCAGAAGAAUCCCAGACUAAUAAUCUCAAGAUUAUUGAGGCUGCAUGUACAUGGAAGAAGCAGAAGCUUGCUGCUGCUGCAUCGUAA